UGCAGAUCAGCCUUCAGUGAAUGAAUUAUAACUGAAAUGACAUGAUCAGAGUGGGGGUACUGACGUAACACAGCUUUUCUUAAUGAAGGAGGAAGGCAUCAGCCCCUCCGAAACCAAUAUAAGCACCACGAUGCGAGACCUUUAUCAGGUUUUAUCAGCAUCUUUCGUCACGCUAUAUAAGCACAGCCCUGGCACUGCUGGAGGAGGUGGAGUGCAAGGUAAAGUGUCUCACCCAGACAGUGCUGCCAUGGCUUCAGAGGUGCAGAAGAAGAAGAAGGGAUCUGAGACAGUCCCCAUGUCUUCUGAGAUGCAGGGCAAAAGCAAGACCCAAGACACCAUGCCUGUCCCGUCUGACCUGCAGAACCAGAGGAAGGGUCCAGAGAUCCCCAAGUCACCUGUGGGGCUGCUGAGGAAGAGGGGUCAGGAUGCUGUCCCAAAGAUGCAGCCAGCUAUGAUGAUGUUCUCCAGCAAGUACUGGGCACGCCGAGGAUUAUCUCUGGAUUCAGCAAUGUUUGAUCAGCAGCACCUCGGAACCAGUAUGCUUCGCAGGACAUCCUUUAGUCGUAUAGAUGAGAAACCGGACAAAGAGUGGGUCUCCACUAUGGACUCUGGGAAGACCGCAGUGAUCUUCUCUCUGAAGAACGAGGUGGGCUGUCUGGUGAAGGCUCUACGGCUCUUUCAGGAGAAGCAUGUGAACUUGGCCCACAUAGAGUCUCGCAAAUCGAAGCGUGUCACCACAGAGGUGGAAAUCUACGCUGAGUGCAACUGCACCAAGAAAGAAUUCAACGAGCUGGUGCAGCACCUUAAAGAUCACGUCAAUAUCAUCUCCUACAACACGCCGCAGCAUGUGUGGUCUUCAGAGACUGACUGUUUGGACUGUGUGUGUGUUUUGGGUGGGUUGCCAGAUGGGGAAGGAGUGCCUUGGUUUCCCCAGAAGAUCUCAGAGCUGGACCAGUGCUCUCACAGAGUGCUCAUGUAUGGCUCAGAGCUGGAUGCUGACCAUCCGGGGUUUAAAGACAACGUGUAUCGGCAGAGAAGAAAGUACUUUGUGGAAGUCGCAAUGAACUACAAAUUUGGGCAGCCCAUCCCACGCAUCGACUACACCCUGGAGGAGGUGAAGACUUGGGGAGUGGUGUUCCGGGAGCUGACUAAACUGUACCCCACCCACGCCUGCCGCGAGUACCUGAAAAACCUCCCACUGCUCACCAAGCACUGCGGGUACCGAGAGGAUAACAUCCCUCAGCUAGAAGACGUGUCUCUCUUUCUGAGAGAGAGGUCAGGUUUUACAGUGCGGCCUGUGGCAGGAUACCUGUCACCCAGAGACUUCCUGGCUGGACUGGCCUAUCGAGUGUUUAACUGCACUCAGUAUGUUCGCCACAGUACUGACCCACUUUACACACCAGAGCCGGACACCUGUCAUGAGUUGCUGGGCCAUGUGCCUCUCCUAGCAGAUCCCAAGUUUGCCCAGUUCUCACAAGAAAUUGGCUUGGCCUCUCUGGGGGCUUCAGAUGAAGAUGUGCAGAAGCUGGCUACAUGUUAUUUCUUCACCAUUGAGUUUGGCUUGUGCAAACAAGACGGCCAAUUGAGAGCCUAUGGAGCAGGACUGCUGUCUUCCAUUGGAGAGCUAAGGCAUGCGUUGUCGGACAAAGCUGUAGUGAAGCCGUUUGAUCCCAGGACCACAUGCUACCAGGAGUGCCUCAUCACAACUUUCCAGGAUGUGUACUUUGUCUCGGACAGUUUUGAAGAGGCCAAAGAGAAAAUGAGGGAAUUUGCCAAAUCUAUCAAGAGGCCCUUCUCUGUCUACUAUAACCCCUACACCCAGAGCAUCGACCUUCUGAAGGACACCAGAAGCAUUGAGAAUGUGGUGCAGGACCUCCGUAGUGACCUUACCACUGUCUGUGAUGCCCUGGGAAAAAUGAACAAGUACCUUGGCAUCUAGAGAGAAACGAGAAUUGAUUUGUCUAAUAUGUAUUUUACAUGUUCCGAACUACAAACUAAACGGGUUAAAAAUUUAAAUUACAUAUAAUAUUACAAUACACAAGUGGCAAGUGCUGUGCUUUUAGCCUGAAAACAAAUGAAGACAGAGUUCAAUCUUUAAGUCCAGUAUCCUCAUGGGUCUGCCUGCUUUCAUGACCAGGUUAUUUCUAUAAUUUCCAUCAUAUAGCAGCCAGUAUUUCAGAUGCUGUAGGCCGCAUGUCUGCUCCAGUCCAUUCGUGGGGUUGCUGACUGUAAUUUGCACAAUUUAGGAUUAUAUAAUGCGAUUUCAAAGCCCCUGACCAUCAAAUACAACUUCAUUAUGACUGGCGAACAGGAAGUCUUAAAUGGAUGAUUUAAGACAGGAAGUCAGAAAUACACCUCACUCUGUUUGUAAUGAAUGAAUGAAUGAAACAAAAAAUUAAAAUCUCUUGAUUUCACAUUUUUAUUGCAUUGAAAUGGAUUGCUACAUAUUGUUGAUCUGGGGAUCCACAAACAACAUAUACACUAUUCAGAUCACUUGAUCAUAAAUGGCCUAAUAAUUGUCUCAGUUCCUUGUGUCUGUUUGUGACCCUGAUAUAUGCUAAUUAUAGGAUAAUCAGAAUUGAAUGUGUGUUUAUUUUUUUUUUUUCAUUUUAAGCUGCAGAACACAGGCUAAGGUGAUCAUUGCUGUGCAAGUAUAUACUGCAUAAAUUACUCAUGAAUUUAAAAUCAGUGUCAAAUGUGAAUUGAUUAAAUUGAAUUACUAAGCAACUGAGUGAAUGCUACAGUUCACAUGUUUGGGUAUUACAUUGUGGUGCUUGCUUUAUUUGUGGUUAAGAAGAUAUAUGUAUCAUAUUCUUGGUCAAUAAAAUAUUAUUUUAUUAUUUA